AUGAGAUCUCUAGCUUCGCUUUCUGCUUCGGCACUACUGCUGCCAGCAGCUCUGGCUGUCUCGAUUAGUGAAAUCAAUGGCAAUCGCUUUCUCUCGUCCUACAAUGGCGAAACAGUCUCCAAUGUCCGUGGCCUGGUGACUGCCAAAGGAUCCAGUGGGUUCUAUAUUCGCUCCACCAGCCCCGAUAACUCGACUCUUACGUCGGAGUCGCUCUAUGUCUACGGAUCCAGCGCCGUGUCCAAAGUCUCCGUCGGAGAUAUCAUCACCCUCGGCGGCAAGAUCUCCGAGUACCGUUCCAACAAAGCGUACGUUUAUCUGACCGAGCUGACCUCCCCGUCGGAUAUCACCGUCGUCUCCAGUGAUAAUGAGAUCAUUCCGCUGGUCAUCGGCUCAAAGGAUCUCAACCCUCCGACUGAACAAUUCUCGGCCUUGGACGAGGGAAACAUCUUCAGGAUCCCCAACAACGCGAGUCAGAUCUCGAGCAAGAAUGCAGUUUUGCAGCCGACGAAGUACGGAAUGGACUUCUGGGAGAGUCUUAGCGGCGAGCUCGUCACAAUCGGUGGUCUGAACGCCAUCACAAAGCCCAAUCAGUACGGCGACACUUGGGUCAUUGGCAACUGGACGGCCACGGGGAGAAAUGAGCGCGGUGGAUUGACUAUGCAAGCGAAGGACUCCAACCCCGAAGCCAUCAUCGUUGGAUCCCCGUUGGACGGAACCAAGAAUCCCACCGACACCAAAGUCGGCGAUACCAUCGACGACAUCACCGGCAUCAUCACCCAAGCCUACGGAUACUACGCCCUCCUGCCACUGACCAAGCUUUCUGUCACUGGAAGCAACUCGACCUCCGCAAAGGCCACCGAAUUGGUCUCCGACGGAACCUGCAGCGGCCUGACCGUCGGCAGCUACAACGUCAACAACCUCUCGCCGAACUCCUCCACUCUAACCGGCAUCGCCGGCCACAUCGCCAAAGAGCUCAACAGUCCUUCUCUCGUUUUUCUGCAGGAGAUCCAAGACGACGAUGGCGCGACCAACGACGGAGUCAUCUCCGCCAACAAAACCCUCUCCACCCUCGCGGACUCCAUCAAAACUCAAGGCGGCAUCACCUACGACUUCAUCAACAUCGACCCCGUCGACGGUGCAGACGGCGGCCAACCCGGCGGUAAUAUCCGCGUCGCAUACCUCUACGACCCUAAAGUUCUGCAACUCCGCAGCCCUAACCCCAGCACAAGCACUCAGAGCAACGAGGUUCUCUCUGGCGCCGAGCUCAAAUAUAACCCCGGCCUGAUCGACCCCAGUAACUCUGCCUGGGAUAAUAGUCGCAAACCGCUGAUUGCGGCAUGGGAGACGCUGAAUGGCAAGAAUAAGUUCUUUACGAUCAAUGUCCACUUUACUAGUAAGGGCGGUGGUUCGUCGAUUGAUGGUGACGCGAGACCCCCUGUCAACGGGGGUGUCGCGAAACGGGAGUCGCAGGCGAAGAUUGUUGCUAAUUUCAUAACCGAUAUUCUGGCCGAGGACAGCAAGGCCAAGAUUAUCACAUCGGGCGACUUCAAUGAGUUCGCGUUCGUCCAGCCAUUGACAACCUUCACGUCGGAGUCGAAACUCAAGGACAUCGACGAUGUGGUGGAUACCCCUGCCAAAGAGCGAUAUACCUAUCUGUAUGACUCGAACUGUCAACAGCUCGAUCAUAUGUAUAUCAGUGAGGCGUUGACAGAGGGGGCUAAGAUGGAGCAUAUUCAUGUGAACACCUGGGUGUCGUAUGAUGACCAGAGGUCGGAUCAUGAUCCGACGGUCGCUUUGCUAAAUGUUUGCGAGGCUUAGGAUGUAUUAGUAUUCGAGUGAUUC